GAUCUUAAAUUAUACUGAAGUUUUGCUUCCACUAGAAUCUAGACAGUGAAAUAAUUUAAAACUUGUCCUUUCUGCAAGCAACUUUACAAAAUUAUAGAAGAACUGGAUCAGUAUCCGUACGAUGAGGUUUCAAUUUUUUUAUUGAAAAAAAAUAAAAUUUAACGCCAUCGAGACAUCCUGUAGUAAUAAAAUCACAGUUCAUUGUGUUUAAGCAGAUGAAGAGAUCGAAGCUAGGGAUAAGCGCUCCGUGGACAGAGGAAUUUUACGAUGCAGGAACUUCGACUACCUGUACCGGCGUUCAUCGCUCUGUUAAUCGUCGCCGUCGGAUCAUUUAGCAGAAUCGAAGGACAGGAUUUCACGAUUCAAGAAGCGACGAUCGAGGAGAUCCAGAGAGCAUUUGCCGAUCAGAAGCUCACUUCGAGAAGGCUUGUGGAUUUCUACUUGAGCCGAAUCGAAGCCCUAAAUCCGGUGCUUCGGAGCGUGGUGGAGGUGAAUCCGGAGGCGAGGGAUGAAGCGGACGAGGCUGACCGGCGGCGGAGAGAGGCGGAUGAGAACCGGUCGCCGGUCGGAGCGCUCGACGGCAUUCCGGUGCUGGUGAAGGAUGGUAUUGCGACGAAGGACAAGCUGAACACGACGGCCGGAUCGUACGCACUGGUGGGAUCGGCGGUGGCUCGGGACGGCGGCGUGGUGGAGAAGCUGAGAAGGGCAGGGGCAGUGAUUUUGGGGAAAUCGAGUAUGAGCGAGUGGUAUUCGUUUAGAGCUCUGGGCCACGUGCCGAAUGGGUGGUGCGCACGUGCCGGUCAAGGUGUGAACCCUUAUGUAGCAUCGGGCGAGACAUGUGGGUCUAGCAGUGGCUCUGCCAUUUCUGUUGCUGCUAACAUGGUCACUGUCUCACUCGGCACUGAAACUCGUGGCUCCAUCCUCUGCCCAUCCGACCGCAACUCCGUCGUCGGAUUCAAACCAACUGUUGGCCUCACCAGCCGGGCCGGAGUCAUUCCGAUCAUGUCCCACCACGAUACCGUUGGGCCAAUAACCAGAAGCGUAUCGGAUGCAGUUUAUGUCCUUGAUGCCAUAGCUGGGUUCGAUCCGAGAGAUGCCGAGGCCACAAGCCAAGGCUCCAAGUUCAUACCUGAAGGUGGAUAUAAACAAUUUCUCAAUCCCAAUGGGGCCAAAGGAAAAAGAAUUGGAGUUGUUCGGAACCCAUUUGCAGAUAAGUUCCCUUCAAUGCAAGUUUUUGAGAAUCAUCUUCAUACAUUAAGGCAAAGGGGAGCUGUUAUAGUGGAUCAUCUUGAAAUAGUAGACAUAGAUAUAAUAUUGAGUCCCAAAAGGAGUGGGUUACUAACAGUUAUGUUGGCUGAUUUCAAGAUGUUGCUAAAUGAUUACUUGAUGAAAGAGCUCAUCACUUCUCCAGUUAGGUCACUUGCAGAUGUCAUUGCCUUCAACAAUAAGCACCCUGAAAUGGAAAAGCUCAAAGAAUAUGGACAGGCCACUUUCAUUGAAUCAGAGAAAACAAAUGGGUUUGGGGAGAAAGAAAAGAAGGCAGUUGAAAUGAUGGCAAAUCUAUCCCGAAAUGGAUUCGAGAAGUUAAUGAGAGAAAAUGCGUUGGACGCUAUCGUAACACCGGGCGAUGGCUGCAUCUCGGUGCUGGCGAUCGGAGGAUACCCUGGAAUUACUGUCCCAGCAGGAUAUGGUGAACAAGAUGGUAUGCCAUUUGGGAUGUGCUUUGGAGGGUUGAAGGGCACAGAGCCAAAGCUGAUUGAGAUUGCUUACGCUUUUGAGUAGGCCACCAUGGUGCGAAGGCCUCCAUUUUCAAAAUCAAUGGAUUGUCAAAUCUCAUAUGCCACCAUUUGAGGAGGAAAUGAGAUGUUUUGGAAGUAGUUUUCAAGUUUCAAGUGAAGAUGGAGUUGGAUAACACACAAAAUCCUUUUGAUUUUAAAAUCUUUGUUAAACUAUUUAAACAACAAAUGAUAUUAGAUUCAAAAGUUUGGAUUUGGCAGUCCAUUGAUUAUAUAAGAGAAACAAGUUUUAAAAAUUUAGGUUUGGUGUAACUCAUGUUCGGUUU